GUAUGCAACUGCAAGUGCCCGCUCUGAUGGACUUCUUUUGCUUUGUGGUGGGAGGGACACUAAUAGUGUGCCCCUUUCAAGUGCGUAUGGUCUUGCAAAGCAUAGGGAUGGGCGCUGGGAGUGGGCAAUUGCCCCUGGCGUCUCUCCAUCACCCAGAUAUCAACAUGCUGCUGUUUUUGUCAAUGCACGACUUCAUGUCUCAGGAGGGGCUCUUGGAGGCGGUCGCAUGGUAGAAGACUCGUCAAGCGUGGCAGUGUUGGACACUGCUGCUGGAGUUUGGUGCGACACAAAAUCAGUAGUUACAACUCCAAGGACAGGAAGGUAUAGUGCGGAUGCCGCAGGCGGUGAGGCUUCUGGAGAGCUUACACGAAGGUGCAGGCAUGCAGCUGCUGCAGUUGGUGAUAUGAUAUUCAUUUAUGGAGGUUUACGAGGAGGUGUGCUGCUAGACGACCUUCUUGCUGCUGAAGAUCUUGCUGCUGCAGAGACAACAAGUGCAGCUAACCAUGCAGCUGCCGCUGCCGCUAACAUGCAAGCUGGAGGAGCACCUGGCAGGUUUGCUUACAAUGAUGAGCAAACAGGGCAAACAACUGCAGAGACAACUGCUGAUGGAGCUGUGGUUCUUGGAACCCCAGUUGCUCCUCCUGUUAAUGGGGAUGUGUAUACUGAUAUCAGCCCUGAGAAUGCUGUGAUCCAGGGACAGAGGAGAUCAAGUAAAGGUGUUGAUUAUUUGGUUGAAGCAUCUGCUGCAGAGGCUGAGGCAAUCAGUGCUACUUUAGCUGCUGUAAAAGCCAGGCAAGUUAAUGGUGAGAUGGAGCAUUCACCUGACAGAGAGCAGUCUCCAGAUGCCACACCAAGUGGGAAGCAACAUUCAAGCCUCAUCAAACCAGAUGUUGCUCUUUCAAACAAUUCAACACCACCUCCCGGGGUUCGGUUACACCAUAGAGCAGUUGUGGUAGCAGCAGAAACAGGAGGUGCCUUAGGUGGCAUGGUUAGGCAGCUGUCAAUUGAUCAAUUUGAAAAUGAAGGAAGAAGGGUUAUCUAUGGCACUCCUGAGAAUGCAACUGCAGCUAGAAAAUUACUGGAUCGGCAAAUGUCGAUUAAUAGUGUGCCCAAAAAGGUAAUUGCAUCUCUCCUUAAACCUCGUGGUUGGAAGCCCCCUGUGCGAAGACAGUUCUUCUUGGACUGUAAUGAAAUUGCAGAUCUAUGCGAUAGUGCUGAAAGAAUAUUUUCAAGUGAACCAAGCGUCAUAAAGCUUAAAGCUCCCAUUAAGAUAUUUGGUGAUCUGCAUGGUCAAUUUGGUGACCUAAUGCGCUUAUUCGACGAGUAUGGUUCUCCCUCAACAGCAGGAGACAUUGCUUACAUUGAUUACCUCUUCUUGGGAGAUUACGUUGAUCGUGGUCAACAUAGUUUGGAGACUAUUACUCUUCUCCUUGCUCUGAAGGUUGAAUAUCCUCAAAACGUACAUUUGAUUCGGGGGAAUCAUGAGGCAGCAGAUAUCAAUGCUCUGUUUGGGUUCCGAAUAGAGUGCAUAGAACGAAUGGGUGAGCGAGAUGGAAUCUGGACCUGGCAUCGUGUGAAUAGGUUAUUUAAUUGGCUUCCUUUGGCUGCCCUAAUAGAGAAGAAAAUAAUCUGCAUGCAUGGUGGUAUUGGACGCUCCAUUAACCACAUAGAGCAAAUCGAGAAUCUCCAAAGACCGAUUACCAUGGAAGCAGGCUCAGUUGUUCUAAUGGAUCUUCUAUGGUCGGAUCCAACUGAGAAUGACAGCGUUGAAGGACUCAGACCAAAUGCUCGGGGCCCAGGUCUUGUCACCUUUGGGCCUGACCGUGUUAUGGAGUUCUGCAACAACAAUGACCUGCAGUUGAUUGUGCGAGCACAUGAGUGUGUGAUGGAUGGUUUUGAGCGUUUCGCUCAAGGUCACUUGAUUACUCUCUUCUCGGCAACAAAUUACUGUGGUACGGCAAACAACGCAGGUGCAAUCUUAGUUCUUGGAAGGGAUCUUGUGGUUGUCCCGAAACUCAUUCAUCCUUUGCCACCUGCCUUGACAUCACCUGAGACCUCCCCAGAGCAUAUCGAAGACACAUGGAUGCAGGAACUAAAUGCCAACAGGCCACCGACCCCAACCAGGGGCCGCCCUCAAGCAGCCAACAAUGACCGAGGCUCCCUUGCGUGGAUAUAGCAGCUCCCGAUGUGCGGAAGCGAUCCUUUCUAAGUCCGUGCCAGUGGGUUUUUGCUAUAUUUAUCAAUUCUGCGCACAUGCAGAUGAUCUAUGCCUAGGUGACAUGCUAUUGCGCAACAAUGGCAACAGGAAGUCAUCUGCGGGGGAGCGACUCUUAGCGAUCUGAAGGCGGAGAAUGUUUUGCCGAUCCCCACAGACAGAGCUCUCCAAGCUUUUUCCCUAGACAUGAGAAGAGUAGAUAGAUGAGCCGACAGCCAUCGGUUUAUCAUCGAUACAAGCUUCACCUGUAUAUAGUCAGAUGCCAGCAGAUAGGGGUGGGUUGUAUGUGUUCUGUUGACAAAUUGGAGGGGCAGAAAGGAAUAGUGUUGUACUAGGUAUUCUUUUCCUGUGUCUAGAUUUUUUUUCACAUGUUUCAAAAGUAUGAGGUGGCCAAAGGAGUAAAACUUAUUUGUGGUAGGGCCUGUUUGCCAGCUCUUGUAUAAUAGUGGUGGUAUCACUUGUUUAACUUCUCCCACCUGUAAUUUCUGUCCCUGGCGCUUGUGUACAAUACCAUUCUUUUUUUAUCUUUAAUUAAAGGUUUUUGGUGGUGAACA